AUGGUGGAAUUAUCAUUUCUCGGUUACAUUUCUCGGCUUCAAGAGAACUACAAAGAGAAUGAACCUAUUCAAUUUUUCACAUUUCUCGAUAUUGGACAUGUAGUAGCAUCACUAACUGAAAGAUCAUUGUGCUUGAUCCAGAAUCAGAGCCAGUGCUUAGCAGAUCUAUGUGGCGCAUUGCACUGUGACAUUGAAAUCAAUUUUGGGUUGAAAAAAUCAAAAUGUAAUCCUGCUGUCGCUGCAAGAAAUAAACAUCUGUGCGAGAACUUAGCAGAUAGUUGUUUUCCUGUUAAUGAUGGUCCUGCAGCAUGCCGACUCCAUGAAUUCUUCUUACACCAAUUCUGUGAUGCACACAGCUGCACUGGAAGCAGGAAACCUUUCUCCAGAGGCCACCGGAAGAAGACAAAUGCAUUCUACAUCGUUGCUUUUGAUGCUGCUGCUACUUUACUAUCUCUAUAUCUACUUUAUCUACUUGUGAUAAGGUUUUUAUUUUUGUCUUACAGAGGGAUGAAAAGGGAAACUCAACUGUUAAGGCGCAUCUCUCAAACUGGCAGAAAGAAAAAACCAUCUUAA